CAAAUUAGAUUUGGACCAAGGUGUCUCAAGGGCCUGCAGAAGGUCUCCUUGGUCCACCGGUAUCUUUUGUUGUUGCAAAUAGGUCAGCUGGAUGAAGGAGAAGUUCAUCCCUUUGAAGUUUAGAAAUCUUGCAGAAAACAGAGAUUCAUUGAAGACAUUCAUCAAGGUGAUAGGCUAAGUACAAAAACCAGAUUACUAAGGAGAUAUCAGAAAGCUCAGCAACCUCUCAGAGACAUUCAACCAGGCAGGUUCAUGUAUUUUUGUAGCACAACGGACAAUACUUGACUGUAGAACACCGAAGAAACUCAGUUCACUAAGAUUCUUGUCUCCAUCUGCCAGCUUUUCAACGAAAAGGGAUCCAACCAUAUUCAGAGGUUUGGAUCCCGUCGUAAGCCUUGUCUGAUAAAUAGAAGCAAAUGCCAGAAUUUGCUUUCUUUCAUGUCUCUUCCAGAUUCAUCUGAGUGCACCUUUGUUUCAAAGAUUUCAGAAUUUGUCAAAUCUCGGUGAAUCCUCUCAAAACGUUCAGUCUGGAGAUCCUUCUCCUCGGUAUCUAGUUAAGUAUCUAGAACACCACAGUCUUUCUUUUUCAGACAGGCCAAAUGAUUGACUUGAGAUCCUAGACUCUGACAGAAGAAAACAAGACCCAAGCUAUUCAUGUCUACUCAAGCCGACUGCUUUGAGUGAGUUUUUGUUCCUAAUAGGUGAUCUUCUCAAGCCAUGGCAAUCUGUUUAUGCACCGAAGUUCUUUUCUUCCAGACAACUCCUACCUUUAGUAAGGUUUUGUUCUGUAUAGCGGACCACAUUUUGAAAGUGUCCAGACAGAAUUCUUUAUUGCUAUCACUUUCCCAGCUACUUUCUUUGAAGCAAGAUUUCUUUCAGCUAUAUUCUUGAAGCCAGAUUUCAGAUCCAGAUGAAACCCGCGAAUCUUUAGAAGCUAUACCGAAGACCUAUUAUUUUGAAGUCUCGAAUUUUCGAUUAUAUUCUCGUUCAGAAUAGAACUCAGUUUCAGACACAUUUUCGAUAUAAUAGUUCCUAGUUAGUACAUUUCAGACAAGAUUUUCCAGAAAGUUCCUUUUCCUCUCAGAAUUCCAGAAAUUUCAAGUUAAUUGAGACAUUGAGGUUCACUAAGUUUUCUACCGAAUACCCAGAAUUUUUCAGAUUUGUACAAUAAUGUUAUAAUAUCAAGAUUUCACAGCAACUUAGAGGUUAUUUUGACUGGAGAUUUGCUCUUUCAGUUGCUGCUUUCAGUUCUGAAGACUAAAAAUUUACUGUUGACGUUUCUUGACAUCCUGACCCUCUUCAAUGAUACCCUGAAUGCAUCCUUUCGAGCUAUCAGACAGACAGAAGCUCACAUUAAGUC